CAAAAGCUGAAGUAAACAUGUCUCAAGAAGAAUGCAAAACUCCUGUAAUGCAACCCAAUGAACCUUUAGAAGAUGGGUUUGAAUAUCAACCUUCACAGUGUUUGUGGGUUCGCUGAAAGUCCAGAUAAUUGAUAACUUAUUCCGUUGCCCUGAACCAACUUGCGGUAAAAACUUUCGGAAGGAAAAUUUACUUCAAAUGCACAUAAAACAUUAUCAUCCGAAUUUGCAACAAUAUUUCGGUUCAACUCCAAAUGUAGCCGAUUUGGCGUAUGCCAGAACCAUACGAGAGACUCCUGAAAAUGAACCAGUUGCUAAAAAUCGGUACUCAAAUACACAAUUUUAUGAAAAAGUUUCUAAGAUUGACAAUAUAUAUAAAAGAGGAAAAGCUUCUCCAAUUGAAAAUGAGGUUCCCAUAAAGGAUAUAAAAUUAGAAAAGGAUGAUGAUGAUUACAAGGAUAUAACACAUGAUACUAAAAUUAAUACUGACUUAGUGAAAAAAGAACAAGUAGAUGAAGAUCAGACAAAUAACUCAGUUAUCAAGACUGAAACCAGUAUGUCCUGUAGUGAAAGUCCUUUAUUAGAAGAAGCUCUCAGAGUUGACAAUAAAAACAAAAUCAAACAUCAUGUCACUUUUGAAAAUGAAUCACCACUAAGUCGAAGAUACAAGGAGCCUCCUGAAGUGCAGAAAAUUCCUGGUGGAGGUAUUAAACGUUUACUUCCUAAAAAACGCGAAGAAACUACUACAAAUGAAGUACUUCAAGAAAAAUCAGAUCCGGAGAGUGAUCAAAUUAAUAGUGAUUUUACAAGAAUUGAUAAAAAGUUAGGGUUAAAUCAGAAAAGGCAAAGGGUUGAAACUUCAGCUGGCCUAAUACAAAAACUUUUGAAACGUAGCCAAAAUAAACAACUUAUGAAAAAGAGUGGGCGUCCAAUGAUAAAAGAAGAACACGAUACAAUAGACCCAGUGCAUGUUAAAAAUGAAGAGGAGCAGCGCAGAUCUAGUAUGUCAACAGAUAUUUCAAAAGCACCUAUUGAAAAUACACUCAAUAAUACGUCAGACACCAACAAAGCUGUAGAAGCGGCUGAUCCUGCACUCGAGGUUCCAAAAGUUUAUAUCAAUGAGGAUGGCGAAGAAAUUAAGUUGGUGCGAAUGCGAAGAGAGGAAAUUAUUAAUUGUAUCUGUGGACACCGAGAAGAAGAUGGACUUAUGGUUCAGUGUGAACUCUGUCUUUGUUGGCAACAUGCAUUAUGUCAUGGUAUUCAAAGGGAACGAGAUGUUCCGGACAAAUAUGUUUGUGCAAUUUGUACUAAUCCCCAAAAGCCAAGACAGUCUAGAAAAUAUAUUCAUGAUCAAGAAUGGUUAUUAGAAGGUCGUUUACCUCACUUUAUAACAGAAGACCUGAACUUAAAAACAUCUGCACAGAAACAAAACAUAACAAAUCUACAAGAAUUUACUAAGUGUGUUCAUGAAACCACUGGCAAUGCCUUAGAACUUAUGCCAGUAUUAAAAUCACUAAGAGCUAAAUUAUCUAUGGCCAUGCAAACACAUCACCCGAAAUUUUAUUAUUGGGCUAAACCUUGGGGAAAGUAUAGUGACAUGAAUAAUGAUACUAUGGAUGCAAAUCAAGAUCAAAGUCCAACAAAUAAUUCUCGAUUCAAAGAUGAUAAUGAAAUAUCACCUACACUGCAAGCUCUUCAAAGAGAUUUAUGUAAUGCCGUUAAUGAGAGUGAACUUCUUGGCGCUAGGAUAGAGAAUGAAAUGAAUUUAUUAAAAUCAAAGAAUAUGAAUAAACCAGGUACUAAUGAUGUAGAUAUGUUAUCUAGCCAUACGAGAUUAAAUCCAGCUAAUAACACCAUACUAACACCUACAGGUAACAAUACUCUAAUGAACACUGAAACCCCAAGUCGUGGUUUAAAUUUGGACUCAGAAUCUAAGGAUGAUUUUGCAGCAUUAGCUAAAAGCGAUGUUUUGGACUUAUCAGCUAUUUUAGAAUCCAACCAUGUAAUACCUACUGAUUCAGAAUUAGUUUCCAUUCUGGAAGGAGAUAUGAAAACUGAAAAUGAUCUCAAUAGCCCUAUGAGAGGCAAUAAACAAGAUGAAGAUUGUAAAAUUAAUAUGGAUCUAUUAAGUUUUAUGUCAAGUGAUGACACAAAGUUAAUGGAUUCAGGAAAAUCAGCAGCAAGUAUUAAAUCAACCAGUUCAGGAGAUCUUACUGAUAGUCAGAAUCUUUUAGCACCUUUAUUAGCUUCACCAGGUGGAACAAAAUUUGAUCUAGUCAGUGAUCGCGAGCUGGAGAAUUUUGCUCAAACUGUAGGCCAGGAAGUAUUGAUAACAAACACUGCUCCUGUACCAGAAGAAGCAAUAGACAAUGAACAAUGUCGGUGGAAUCUGCUUAGACAUAUUUCAGAUUAUCAAGCAGAAUUAGAAAAACGAAUAGAUCAGUUUAAUAUCAAAUUAUCAGUUCUAUUAGCAAGUCCAGAAGCUCCUCCACCAGAUGCAUUAAAACUCGAUCAAGAUUGCACAAGACUCAUGAAAAUGAUGCAGAGGGAUUUAAGGACUCUAGGUGAUACAUGUUCUGUAAUAUCAACAGAAAGUAGAGAGUCUGAAAACAACAAGGUAUCACAAAGCCAAGAGCAAAAUUUUUUAAAUUGUUCUGUGGCUCCAACAGAUGUGAAAAGACUGUGGUAACCAAAUUAGAGUAUUCUAUAUUAUAAAGAGAUUGUUUAUUGUAUUAAUAAAAUGAUUCUAAG